CUUUUCUGUGAUAAUUCUGUGCUGACAAACAAUGUUCACUGUGCUACUGUCGGUAAUCGCAGUUUAUUACGUGACAAUUCCGUCGGUUACUGCUGCAGAUGGCUACCGGUUACCGCGUGAGGUCAUUCCGUUGCACUACGAUCUGGUGGUCCUUACCCAUCUGGGAGACGAUGACGGCGAGGGAUUUAGAUUCUAUGGAGUUGUUAACAUAACGGUGAUAGGUAACUACGAUUCCAACGAUGUCACGCUGCAUGCCAAGGAGCUCACAAUAGGCGAAGAUAGGAUCACCAUCUCCGACCUGUACCACAAGCAGCAGAUGGACAUCUUCACCAUCGGAUACGAUCCCGGGCGUGACUUCCUAACCAUUACUGUAACCAACGGUCUGUUUCGCGAGGGCCAUCGCUACGUGCUGAGCAUCCCGUUCGAGGCCGAGCUGCGUUCGGAUGUCGUCGGUUAUUACCGCAGCAGCUACCUGGAUUCGAAGAGCCAAGAACGAAUUUGGCUUUCGGUAACUCAAUUUCAAGCGAUCCACGCCCGUCAAGCGUUUCCCUGCUUCGACGAACCGGAAUUGAAGGCUACCUUCAACAUUGCCCUUGGGCAUCAUCCGAAGUACAAUGCCCUCUCCAAUAUGCCACUAAUCCGUAGGGAAGCUCAGUCCGACUGGGUUGUUGAUCACUUCGCUAGAAGUGUCAGUAUGAGUACCUAUUUGGUGGCCUAUUCGAUCAAUGACUACAGCUCGGUAGAAGCACCUACCGGUGCUUCUGGCAGUACGAACGUCAGCGUUCGAUCGUGGUCUCGCAGAGACGCCGCCGACAAUCUCCAGUACGCCAAUGCGAUCGCGAUCAAACUCGUAGAGUUGUACGAGCGCAAUUUCAAGCUGAAAUUCCCGCUACCCAAGCUGGAUUUCAUAGUCAUUCCGGACAUGUUGUUCGCGGCAAUGGAAAACUGGGGAUUGGUGACGUUCACCGAAGCCGGUCUGGAGUACGCACCGAGCUCGUCCACGCUGGAUGAUCUUCACUUUGUGUCGUCAGUUGUGGCACACGAGAUCGCUCACAUGUGGUUCGGCAAUUUGGUUACGAUGCGCUGGUGGACGGAUCUGUGGUUGAACGAAGGGUUUGCUCGCUAUACGGAGUUUCUAGCGGUCGAUCAACUGCAUCCGGAAUGGCGCACGCUGGACGGUAUCGUCAUUGAGGAUGUUCAGGAGAUUUUCAAAUUCGAUGCACUGGAGAGCAGCCACACGGUUUCGGCGGAGAUCGUCAAUCCGGAGGAGAUACCGCAGCUUUUUGAUUCUAUUUCUUACAAGAAGGGAUCGGCUUUGGUUCGUAUGAUGCAUUUGUUUUUAGGGGAUGAAGUCUAUCGGCGAGGAGUGGCGCGUUAUUUGCAGAAAUAUCAGUUUAAAAAUGCAGCACAGGACGAUCUGUGGAGAGCGUUGACUGAAGAGGCGCGACAAGCGGGUAGUUUACCGGAGGAUUUCGAUCUUAAAGCUGUUAUGGACAGCUGGACGCUUCAAACUGGAUAUCCGGUGGUUUACGUGGAACGAAACUACAGCAGUCGCACAGCGACUUUUCAGCAAACUCGGUUUAUGUAUGAUCAAACCGUAGAUGAUCCGUCCUGUUGGUGGAUUCCGUUGACGGUUUCCACUUCAAGAUAUUCAGAAUUCAACAUAACUCAACCACAGGCUUGGUUGCAGUGUUCAAAAGACACGGCAGUCGCUUUGACCAAUGCAGGAACUGCCCAGGAUUGGGUCAUAAUCAACAACAAACUUGCAGGAUUGUAUAAAGUUCGGUACGAUCAGAACAACUAUCGGUUACUGGCGAAAAACCUCAACGGUCCGAAGUACCACACCAUAGACACGAUCAAUCGGGCUCAGUUAAUCGACGAUGCACUGGACUUUUCCUGGGCAGGUCUUCAGGAUUACUCGAUUGCUUUCGCUCUGCUAAAUUACCUUCCAGCAGAGCUGGAAUACAUUCCAUGGAAGGCAGCUCUGUCCAACUUCGAAAUUCUAGACCGUGUGCUGGUCAAUACCAACAACCAUGCCCAUCUUGAAGCAUACGUAACUCAUCUCCUGUCUCCAGCAUACGAAAAAUUAAACAUAUUUUCGGAAACCACAACCACUAACGUGGGACUGGGCCGCGAACGGCUAAUCAAGCUCAUCGUCGAUCGAGCUUGCCAGCUGGAAAUCCAGCACUGCGUGAGGAAUUCGGUUCAAUUGGUCAAACGUUGGCUUAGGGAGGGGGGUCCCAAUCCAACUCCCCUGUCGGUACGAUCCACCGUUUAUUGUACGGCUAUUCGCAAGGGUAGACGACGGGAAUGGAACUUUUUGUGGGCUCGUUACAGGGAAGCGAACGCUACCAGUUCGGAGAGGUUGGCCAUAGCUAGGGGUCUCGCGUGUACCAGGGAUGUCACGCUGAUGGAACAGCUGCUGCGUUGGUCUGUGGAUGAGCAAUCGGGACUUCGAUUGGAGGAUACCACUGUAGUGUUUGGUACUAUUGCGGAGCAACCCGGGGGUGCAGCCGUAGCGAGGCGGUUUCUGUUCGAGAACAUCGAACGGAUGGCGGAUUAUGUCAAUCCGGAAACUUUUGAAUCCCGACUGGCCAGUCACGUGAAGGUUUUGGCUCGACAGAUAACCGGAAAAACGGAACAAAAAGAGUUGGAACAGUUUGUCGCUGACAGAAAGGGUUUGCUGGCUAGCAAUAGUAUCGCAGUAGGCCAAGCUCUGGAGCUGGCCCAUAUCAACAUUCAGUGGGUGAGGGAUCGGUACGGUGAUUUUGUGGACACUUUGAAGCAACUGGAGAAAGUGCAGUACGAUCCGGCUAAGUUGGGUUGGUUAUAA